UCGACCUCACUGCACAGAGAACGGCGGUUGCCACUGAGAAUGUCGAGCGGAACUGCAGAGGCGCGGGCGUGUGACUGGCGCUGUCCGGAGCACAGCGAACGCCCGGCUGAGCUCUUCUGCCGCCGCUGCGGCCGUUGCGUGUGCGCGCUCUGCCCAGUUCUGGGUACGCACCGCGGCCACCCGGUGGGCCUGGCCGAGGAGGAGGCUGCGCGCGUGCAGAAACUAAUCCAGGACUGUUUAGAGUGUUUGGCAGCCAAGAAGAGGCAACAUGCUGACAACAUGGCCCAGUUGGAAGACGCUGGGGAAAGGCUCAAGGUUUAUGCAGACUCAAGUAAAGCCUGGCUGACACAGAAAUUCACAGAACUCAGAUUACUCCUUGAUGAGGAGGAAGUACUGGCCAAAAACUUCAUCGAUAAAAACACCCAGCUCACCCUCCAGGUGUACAGGGAGCAAGCGGAGUCUUGCAGGAAGCAAAUUGAGGUCAUCGAUGACUUCUCUACCAGGGUGUGGGCCAUCAGCCAGGAGCCCAACCCUGUUCAGCUGCUGCAGGCAUACAUAGCCACCAAGCCAGAAAUGGGACAGCAGAUGAGUCCCUCGGAGCUGAGCCACCCUGUGCCCCUGUCCUUGGAGCCCGUCAAGAACUUCUUUAAGGAGUUUGUGGAAGCCAUCAGGAACACAUUGCAGGCACCAAUGGACACGCGCCUCAAGGAAAACAUAAACUGCCAGCUCUCAAGCUCCUCCUGCACCAAGCCAGGCACCUUGUUGAAAACCAGCCCCUCGCCAGAGAGAGCUCUCUUCUUGAAAUACGCGCGCACGCCUACGCUGGACCCCGACACGAUGCACGCGCGCCUGCGCCUGUCGACGGACGGGCUGACCGUCCGCUGCUCGCUGCUGGGCCGCCUGGGGCCGCGUCCUGCGCCGCGGUUCGACGCGCUGCGUCAGGUGCUGGGCCGUGACGGCUUCGCAGCCGGACGCCACUACUGGGAGGUGGACGUGCAGGAGGCAGGCGUGGGCUGGUGGGUGGGCGCGGCCUACCCGUCGCUGCGGCGCCGCGGAGCCUCCGCCGCCGCCCGGCUGGGCUGCAACCGCGAGUCGUGGUGCGUGAAGCGUUACGACCUGGAGUACUGGGCCUUCCAUGACUGCCAGCGAAGCCGCCUGCGGCUCCACCGCGACCCCCACCGGCUCGGCGUCUUCCUGGACUACGAGGCCGGCGUUCUGGCCUUCUACGACGUGUCGGGUGGCAUGAGCCACUUGCAUACCUUCCACGCCGCCUUCCAGGAGCCGCUCUACCCGGCCCUGCGCCUCUGGGAGGGGGCCAUCAGCAUCCCCCGGUUGCCCUAGGCGAGAGCGUGCUUCCUUUCCUAGGCUAGUCUCCAGCUGUCCCCUGUGCCCCCCUGCCCCACAACGAUGCCUUUAUAGUGCAUGUUCCUGAAAGGGACACCCCGCUGCAUGUGUCUGGGAGAGCGUCGUGCAGCGCCUAGAACCUGACACACAGUAGGCACACAGUAAGUAUCAGUGAAUGUCUCCCUGCAGGAGCAAGCAGUUCCUCAACAGUUCCCAUUUGAGCCAUCUGCUCUCCAGCCACUUCAGCUUGUCCGGGUCACCUCGAUCCAGAGCACCUGAGAGGGUUCUUUUCUGGGUCUGCAUCCUCUCCCUUCUAAAUCUGGUACACUAAAACCAAUGUGAGCAUCCUGAAACUUAGCUUGGCCUCUUGUGAUUAGAGGGGGACUCUCAGCUACAAAAAAAACAACACAGAAAGCCCUUCUCCUUGUCUUUUUUCAGCACUUUUCCCAUGUCAGUCUUUUCAGACAUGCUCCGGUCAGAAGCUAGUUCACAGUUGCACCUUUGAACCAUUGUGCUUCCUACCAUAAAUAGGAAAACCGGCUCUCUGCCUAUCUCUCUUCUCAGGCUUAUCUGCCCCAAGAACUUCCCUCCUAUCCCCCAAAAAACCAACUGAUCAGACCUGCAAAUCCUCUACCCCAUCCCCUCAAAAAGACAAUUAGGCCUGUAAAUCUAGGACUCAUCAUUCCAGUUGCUUUCUGAGGACAUCUGUGUCCUGCCCUCCCAGCACUGAUUGGAUGAUCAGUAGACUGCUACUCACAGGAGAGAAAACUACUGAGAAUGUUCAAAGAGUGAUCUGACACGACAUACCUACCUAACGGGAGAUGCUACAGAUGCUACAUCUCCUUCAUUCACAAGACCAGAGCUUUUCCCACACGCACCACUGCAGGGGGGGCCAGGCCAGGCAUCUCUUAGCAGGCGUUGUUACAUGUCAUACAGUACACUUGAUCCUUACAUCCCUCAAAGGUGGGAAGCGAUCCUCUUGUACACAAGGUAGAAUUGGUACACGUGAGUCAGAUGACUGUCCAGAAUAGAAUCAGUGUUGUGGUCAGGAUCUAUGGUGCCCACCAGGCUGUGUUGUGGAUGUGGCAGCUCUUCUCCCUCUCAGUAUUAUGGGCCUCAGUUUCCCCCUGGGUCGAGCCUGCUUCUAGAUUACCUUCAUUGGUCCCUGAAAUAGAGGUUUCAUACCCUUUAGGAUGGGGGAUGAAAUUGUUUGAGAGGAUCUGAUUUGGGUAUAAAACAGAAAGACUGGUUCUGAAUCAGGGUUUGUGCUGGCUGGAAGGCUUGGCUUCCUGUCACCUGUGUGGCCUCAGGCAAGAUUCUUUCUACUUGAGGUCCUCAUCUGUAAAAUGUGGGUCGGUGCCUAGAGGUUCAAACAAGCCAAAUUCCUUAAAAAUUAUAAUGUAUCAAGGCCAAGGUUUGUUAGCACCUACAAUAGAUUUUCCCUACCUUGUCACACUGCUGGACCACAGAUACCCAGCAGCUAGGUGGCAGCUAAGGGAGCUAGCUGCCUUGAUAUUCUCCGGGCAGUCUCCUUGGCAUCCAUGUUUUCAAGGUACAAACCAUGUGUAUUAAUGCUCUUGGUUUUGUAGAACUUGCCUCAAAGGUACACAAAUUAUUUUCCCCUGUGGUGCUUAGUCUAGAACCAGUGGCCUCACACAUGCUGAGUAAGGGCUCCAUUGAGCUAUACUCCAGCCUCAGCAGGCGUUUUUAAGAAAAAGGCUUAGUCAAGGCCAAGGAAGUGGAGGACAAACACCUACCUCGUGACAACAGUUUUCUAAUACAUGCUUUGUCUAAUAAAAUAGGAAUACUGUCCCUUGUAA